GCGAGAUUUUGAUUGAUUGAUUUGGUUAGUAGUCCCUCCUAGCUUAUUCAAACCGGAUGUAAAAUCGUCGUUUGGAACAAUAUAUAAGACAUGCCAUGUGGUUUAGUUUCCUGUUCUGUCCGGUUAACUUGUAGCAAGACAAAGACAAGAAACCAUCUACAUCAGUGUCGUCCCCACCUUAUCAACACAUCACAUGGAAUAAUACACUGCAUUGACUUAACACCAAACGUUUCAGAUCCCUUUAAUCAAUGCUCCACCCAAUCUUUUUCUUUCACCAACAGCAGAGCAAGAGAGAGUUUCAAGAUUAUCCUCGAAGCUCUCAAAUCCUCCAAGAUGGCCAAUUACUAUGAGCAUUACCAGAUCCCAUACGAUUCCAAUCAGGUUAACAAUCUCUACGAUCAUAACUAUUAUGAUAGCAAUCAGCAGCAGCAGUUUGGUUCCUAUCCAAUGAGUUAUAAUAGUGGUUAUGAUCCAAUGAGUUAUAAUAGUGGUUAUGAUAACUGGAAUGGAUCAUCUGAGUAUGAGACAACCUCUGCAGCAUCUGUUGCUUACUCUGUUUCCACCAUGUCUGAGCCCAAACAUUUGUUCUAUGAUCCGAAUGUCUACACGACCUACGAGUCUCCUCCUCAGUUCAAUAUCUACCGCAAUGUUCAAGGAGGCUUCAAUGAGCCGGAAUUCGAGGAGUAUGAUCCAACACCGUACGGUGGUGGCUACGAUAUCGUUGCAACUUACGGGAAACCUCUUCCUCCAUCGGUGAAAAUAUGUUACCCUUCUUCUUCUUCAACCGCUGCUCAGGCAAACCCUCCUUCUCCUCCAGAGGUUAUAGCUCCAGUUCCCUUAGGAGUUUAUGAUGGUGGUGAGAAGAAAGUUGUUAAGAAACGUGUAACCUUCUCUGAACCGUUAGAGGAAGCUAGACCAUUGGAAGCCACUAAAGAAGAUCUUCAUCAAGAAGAAGAGGAAGAUGAUGAAGAAUGGGAAGAAGAAGAAGAAGAUGAGGAUGAAGAGGAAGAUAGUUUAAGCUAUGAAACUACUACUAAACCUGAAAGUGUGGAAACAGGUGAAGUGAAAGCUGUGUAUGUUCCGUCUGGUUACGGGUUAGAAGCGACGGAUAUGUGCGAGGUGAUAUUCGGAGGCUACUUCCCUUGCGUCUUACGUAACAAAAGACGCCAGGAGGAGGAGCAAAACCGUGCGGCCCAAGUUUCAUGCUGGGAUAGCAACGAUUCUGAUCCGUGGAAGAUGACUUGUGACUAUCUUUUCGGGGAUUCGUAUCCGUAUGGUUAUGAGAAUAGGCUCGAGAGAAGUCAGUUCGAGACAUCUUCUUAUGGUUACCAGAGCUUCAAAAACCGAAUAAGUUGAAGAAUUUCGAUAAAAAACCGAACCAAACCGGAUCCAACCACAUUUUACUCGGGACGACGUCGUUUGGAGAAGUCUUUCAAACCCAGUCAUUGUCUCAAAAGCCCUUUUGUGUUCUUC